UUUCGAUUAAAAAACGUGCGCCGGCCUUUUUCGCGUAAACAUUUUAUAAUAUUAACAAGCAUUUCCUUGGACAUUUAGCGACAUUUAAUGAGCCCGAGAAGUAUUCCUCCGCUGACCUACAAGGUCGUGGCGGAAUGCUCUGUCACCAAGGCCAGAGCGGGUCUAAUGACCCUACGGCACAGUGAGGUGAAUACGCCGGUGUUCAUGCCCGUGGGCACUCAGGGAACACUGAAGGGGAUCCUGCCAGACCAGUUGAUCGAGCUGAACUGCCAAAUUCUGCUGGGCAACACGUACCACCUCGGACUAAGGCCUGGAAUUGAGACGCUAAAGCUGGCCGGAGGCCUGCACAAAUUCAUGGGCUGGCCGCGGGCUAUUUUAACCGACUCCGGUGGCUUCCAGAUGGUCUCCCUGCUGCAGUUGGCCGAGAUCGAUGAGCACGGUGUCAACUUCCGAUCGCCCUUUGACAACAGCCAAUGCAUGCUAACGCCAGAGCAUUCCAUCCAAAUCCAAAAUGCCAUCGGCGCCGACAUUAUGAUGCAGCUGGAUGACGUGGUGAAGACAACAACCACGGGUCCCAGGGUGGAGGAAGCCAUGGAACGCACCAUACGCUGGGUGGAUCGGUGCAUUGAGGCGCAUGCCCGGGAUGACGACCAGUCUCUAUUCCCCAUUGUCCAAGGCGGAUUGGAGGUGCCUCUGCGGCAGCGUUGCGUAUCCGCUCUGAUGGAGCGCCAGGUGCGCGGCUUCGCUGUUGGUGGCUUAAGUGGCGGCGAGAGCAAACAUGACUUCUGGCGGAUGGUGGAUGUGUGCACUGGUUACCUUCCGAGGGACAAGCCCCGGUACCUAAUGGGCGUUGGAUUUGCAGCGGACUUGGUGGUGUGUGUCGCCCUCGGUAUCGAUAUGUUCGACUGUGUGUUCCCGACGCGCACAGCUCGCUUUGGCUGUGCCUUGGUAGACAGUGGACAACUGAACCUUAAGCAACCCAAGUACAAAAUGGACAUGGAACCCAUUGACAAGGACUGCGACUGCAGCACCUGCAAGCGGUAUACACGCUCGUAUCUACAUCACAUUGCAACAAAUGAGAGUGUUUCCUGCUCCUUGUUAAGCAUCCACAAUGUUGCCUAUCAGCUGCGCUUGAUGAGAAUCAUGCGGGAGGCAAUACAGAAGGAUGAGUUCCCGCACUUUGUCAGGGAAUUCAUGAAGAGACACUUUCAGUCGGAUCCUAUUCCCGCUUGGAUACGUGAAGCCCUGGCGGCGGUUAAUAUUCAAUUGCCAGCAGAUCAAGAGAAGAAGGAUGAACUGGAGGAGGCGCCAAAGGCAGAAAGAAAGCAGGAGCCGACCAAAAGUAUGACCCAACCUGCAGCCACCAGCUAACACCCCCAUCGCAGACCUUAUUCAGACUAUUUUCUUUACGAAUGACUAAAAAUAUCGGCGAUAUUAGCCAUUUCGGGAAUGACCCAAAGAAGGCCAGUUGUAAGACAUGGAUUUAACUUUUGUAGCUUCCUAAUCUUUAAUUUUAAUUAUUUAAAACUGCUGGACCUUUAAUUAAGCAAUCCCAAGCGUUGUAGCCACACUGUCUUUUCAGUUAUUUAGCCAAUAUUUUUAGGGACCUCGGAGCAUUCGUAUAGAGAAUAUCCUGAAUAUUUUAUAUUUACCAACAACAUGGCUAAUCGAUUUAUUAAACAAUAAUUAAGUUAUUUUUGUUAGUUAUUAUGUUCAUGGAAAAAAUCAUGUAUAUAUUUAACAAAUUAAAAAAAA